AUGACCAAAGCCGUAGAAGCAUUGGUUAUCACAACUGCACGUUGGUGUUUCCUUCCAACAACAAGCAGCAUACUGGACGGACAUAAAGAAGAGGGUGGUGUUUCCCGACGCUCCGGAGGACGAUGGAAUCCACCUAGUAAACAACGAGAUGGUCUUUCAGUUGAUGAGAAAAAUGAUCUGAUAUUCCGUAAGGCCAGAGGAAUUCUCAAUAAACUUACUCCGGAGAAGUUUGAUAAGUUAAGUUUGGAGCUUCUAAAUGUUGGUAUUGACUCCCAGCUCAUCCUUAAGGGAAUUAUUCUUCUGAUCUUCGAAAAAGCCUUAGAUGAGCCAAAAUAUAGUUCACUUUAUGCACAGCUAUGUCACCGUCUCUGUAAGGACGCUCCAAAUUUUGAUCACUCUUCCUCUAAAACUAUUACUUUUCGACGUCUACUCUUAAAUAAGUGCCAGGAUGAAUUUGAAAACCGAUCCCGUGCUACCGAAGCAUUUGAUAAGAAAGAUGGCCCCCUCAAUGAUGAUGAAGCAGAGCAAUACCAUCUGGCUAAACAGAAAAUGCUGGGCAACAUCAAAUUUAUUGGUGAACUUGGCAAACUGGAGAUGCUGCACGAGGGCAUUUUGCACAAAUGCAUCAAGCAGCUUCUGGAAAAGAAGAAAAACGUCCCCGUUAAAGAUAUGGCUGAGGACUUGGAGUGCUUGUGCCAGAUAAUCCGUACUGUAGGCCGACGCCUUGACUCUCUUGAGGCUAAGGCCUGGAUGGAUAAGUACUUUGAGCGAAUUAAGAACUUCGCUUCUAACACAGAAUUGCCCUCAAGAAUUCGCUUCAUGCUUCAAGAUGUUGUUGAAUUACGGGCCAACAAGUGGGUACCACGGAAGGUGCUUAGUGAUCAUGGACCAAAGACAAUAUCCCAGAUACGACAAGAAGCUGCAGACGAGUUUGGAAUAUACCUUGGUCUUCCGGAUGGAUCGGGGCGUACUGGUGGACCUACUGGUGGUUUGUUUGGAUCACGCAUGAUGAAUGGAAAUAUGGGACCAUGCCACAGAGGGGGAUUGGCAGACAUAUUCAGUGCUGCCCCUACUGGAUUGCUUAACAUGUUUUCUCUUGUAGAUAACAUUGGUACUGGACCAGGUGUAAUUCAAGCAGAUGGAUUUUUGUCCGGUUAUUCUAUGAAUAUGGGCAGGAGAGGUAGUCAGCCAACACCAGGUAACUUUUCCAAUCAGUUCAACAAUAGACGCAUGCAAGACAAUAGUGCAGGCGGUCCAGUUGGAAACAGCAUUGGAUUUGGAAUGAGUGGUGUUGGUACAGGUACCAGCCCCAGAUCUACCAGACGAGUCAACCCACAACAAACGUCAGCACCACCGAUGUUUCAAACUCAACAAAACCACCAAUCUCUUCCAUUGGCACCAAUGCAAUCACCAUUAUUGGCACAGCCGCCUUUAAGCUCUGUGCAGAGGACACCAGCCUUUUCAGCACCUGGAAGAGAUUUGCCGCAAAGAUUUAUGCGCAUGAACAUGCAGCCACCAGUUGUACCGGAAAAACCAAACUCAGGACCUGAAGACAUCAACCUUCGACCAUACAAGCCAUUUAACAUGUUACGUCCAUCAGUGCCAAACAUGCUGUCUAAGCCUGUUCGUCCUUUGAUUGGGACGCCACAAACAACGUUUCAGCCUCCAUUAUAUGACAUGGGAUCAAAUCCUAAUCCACACUUGAUAAACAAGCAGCCUCAAAUUACCAUCAAGCAAGCUAAUCCAGAAAAAUCUAAAGCAGUCAAAAAAGCACCACUUACCAAAAAGGAGCUUGAAAACAGCAUGACUUCCUUACUUGAUGAUUACUUUAAUUCUGGAGAUGUUCAAGUAGCAACCAGUGCAAUUAAAGAUUUGAAUGCUCCAAAUAAAUUUAUUACCGAUAGCAUUUACAAAAUGAUGUUAACCAAUGUGGACAAAACAGAUACCGAAAGAGAGAAAGUCAUGAGUCUUGUAGUUGGCAUGAAACCAGAAAACCUUGUAACAUCAGAAACUUUCAUAGGAGCUUACCGCAGCCUGCUUGAAAAACUUCAAGAGCUGGAGACUGACGUUCCAUUGAUUAAAUCCUAUGUGGCCAGUUAUGCAGCACAUGCGAUAGGAGGGAAUGUUAUCAGCCUAUCGGAGCUUGCUGAAGUUUUGGACAAAGGAGCCCACUAUCCACUCUUCCUUAUUUCUCUACAACAAAUGCACAAGCAGAAGGACAAAGAAUGGCUAGUGAAUGUCUUCAAUGAAAGUAAGAUAAACCUGCAAGACAUGUUACCUGAAAUCGACCAGAGUAAAGAGAAAAUGAUGGAGAUUUUAGAAGACAGGGGUCUUAGCUUUCUAUUUCCUCUUCUCCGUAUUCAAUCUGAACUUUGGAAACAAAUCCAGACUGACCCCAGUGCCACAGCAAUUUUUAAAUGGAUCAAGGACAAAGUGCAGAAUGAUUUGCACCAAAGCCCUGGUUUUGUUAAUAUUCUUACCACAAGCAUUCUCAAAUAUAUUACAAAGGCAUCAACAUUAUUGGAAAAUUGCGACCCCAGUAUACCACCAGAAAAACAUUUGGUUGAGAAAGAAAAGGAUAUGUUGGAUAAACUAAAAGUUGUCCUUCAGCAAUUUCUUCAUGACCACAUAGACCUUCAAGUUGUUGCCCUAUAUGCAUCUCAGGUGUUUUGUUAUAACAACCAGUUUCCCAAAAAUAUGUUACGGCGAUUCUUUAUGCAUUUCUACGAUAUGGAGAUUAUUGAAGAGGAAGCAUUCCUAAAAUGGAAGGAAGAUAUCAAUGAUGAAUACCCUGGCAAAGGAAAGGCCCUCUUUCAGGUCAAUCAGUGGCUGACAUGGUUGGAACAAGCUGAAGAAGAAUCUGAAGAUGAUGAUGAUGAUUAAGCCGAGUGGACAUUAGCUGCUGACGAAGUAGACCUGAUGACUUGAGAAACAGUCCCUAUU